CACCGCUCUUGGGAAGGAGCUGCACCAUCGUCUCCAGGCUCUCGACACCUUUGCAAGUCCAACGGAGCGCCAUUCUCCGAGAAUCCGCGGGUGCCGGACGCCAUGUCGCUGUCCCAUUCGCGUCCGCAAACCGCCAGCAAUAGCAGCAGCGACGACAGCAGCAGCGAGCGCGAGAUACACAAUGACACCCGUGCUUCCUCUUCGUCCAUGGAUGAUUCUGUAGGCUCUGCGACUAUCAGUGGGCCGUACCGCGUGGGAAACUCGGACGGAGAUACGUGCUCGUACCACGCAGUACAGGAGGGCGAGUCUUGCCGCAAACCGCGUACGUGCUACGAGUGUCUGAACUCGGACGUGGCUGGUGUGAGUGACGGCUGCCUUUUGGCGCCCUCGGGCCUCUGUGAAGACAUGUCCAGCUACGAUGCCACUCUGGAUUAUCGUCGUAACACCACAGGCGAGGACUUAAGUCUCACAGGUUGGUAUAAUUACUUCCCGUCGGUUAAUUCCACGUACUGCGAGCCAACGGACGAGGCCUGUGUGCUCUGUGACGAACUGGUGAACAAUGGCAGCUUGAGUCAGGCGUCGCAUUGGGGAUUUAAGACGGAAAACGUAUCGACUGAAGUGGAACGACAGCUCUGUGUUGGCACAGACGGCUGCGUGUGUGUCAUGGCCUGCGAGACGAACAACUGGGAGUUAAAUAUGCCGGCGGAAUGUGACGCAGAUGGCAGCGCGUCGGGGAACAACAGCACUCCAGCAGACACCACGAGCUACAGCACCAUGCUGAUAAUUUAUUUAGUGUUGCAAGUGACGUUACUCGCGGUAUUCAUGUAUAAACGCGGACUAUGUCGACGAAUGGCGCGACAGCGACCUCCUCCGCGACCGGAGGGGCCCUACAAUAAUGUGAACGCUAUUACGUCGCCGUCGAACCGUUUGCGGCUUUCAGGGUGGAAGAAAAUGCAAGAAACGCUGAUCGAGCGCGAGAAGAAACAACGCGCUAAUCAGCAGCCACAGUAUAUGUCUUCACCUCAUGUAGGAGGCGCAACUACGGAGGCAGGAGGUGAUAACACCCAGGCACAGCCGCUGUCUCCUCAAGUUUCAGCGCGGAAUAAUGACACAGCUCGAGCUGCCUACACAGAGGUCCAGGAUGAGUGCAGUACGGUAAUCGGCAGCAGAGAUCGGAACAACGGUGCGCAGGCAGCAAGCGUGGAUAGCGACGUCGUGGUCGUGGAAGGGUCCUUUGAAGAGAGCUCAACCGACGCCGGUGUUACGCGGACCGACCGCUCGUCGUCCACCGUCGCAAUGCUGGAAGCCCGACGCGAUGCCAAAUAGAGUACGGUCUUCCUUUUAGCUGCUUAAGCAAUUUUGAUUUGCAGUACUCAGGUAUGCAAUGUUAGGUGGUCUAUAACUUAAUGAAAGCAGGAGCCAAGCC